CGACAAUUAUCCGUAGGCACCAGUAUAUACCGUUUCACAGAGUGAUGCAAGGUCAUAAGAACCUACGGAUGCAAGGGUAUGGCCCUGGCAUAGAGAGACGGUGUUGAACAUGAUUUCCAUUACUCAAUAGUUUCUUUACCUCGUGCUGGGCAGUUUGGUGUGCAAUGUCCUGCAGUCAACGACAACGAUCAAUUCUGGCAGCAACCUGCUAUCGUCUUUGAAUAUAAAUCCCCCUUCUCGCAUCUGUCUGAAACAAUAAUUAAACUCCAAGCUCAACCAGAUCAACAGUCAUUCACAUAUGAUCAGAUUGUCAAUAUAGUUCUUCUAUUUUAAAAACCUACAAUUCGAAAGAUUUGACUGUUUAGCAUCAUGGAGUCAACUCCAGUAUGCGAGUUCCAGACAAUCGUCAAGAAUAACCCAGUACUUGCCUCUACGGGUUGCACCGCACAGUUCUGCCAGGCCGGAAGGUUGAUUCAUUCAGAUGAGCCAAGGGUAGGAGAGACUCGUCCUCUUGAAGUGGUCAAGCAAGAAGCCUUAGGUUUUCUAUGGCAACUAAGACAGGAGGGAGUCUAUACAGAACACCAGUACACUGCGAGACAUGUUGAAGUUCUCAAGGCUCUUGAAGAAUCAGAGGUGAUUGAACCGAUGCUGGUAGAUGGAGUAAAGACGGUAGGAAAAACAGCGACCUGGACUCAGACUCCAGAGGAGCUUAUACAUGGCAUCCGACUUGCGUGGAAGAACUCACGGAAGUGUAUCAUGAGAUCACAUUAUAAGGAACUAGACCUAUGCGACCUUCGGCAUAUUACGUCUAGUGUUGGGAUGGUAAAGGCUGUCAUCGAGGAGGCGAUUAAGGCAUUCAACCAGGGACAGAUCAGGCCGACAGUGUUUGCCUUUCCUCCGCGCUCGACUAGCGGCACAGGCCCAAUGUUCCUGAGCAAACAAUUGCUCAACUUUGCUGGUUACCGGCAACAUGAUGGUUCGAUCCUCGGAGACCCAAGCAAUGUCGAGUUAACGCAAGACAUAAUCGAGCUUGGGUGGGCUCCACCAGAGCCAAGAAGCCAGUGGGACCUUCUGCCGAUAGUCGCCAUGGCAGAAAACGACGCACCGGCUUGGGCUGACGUUCCGGCUGAGCUCCGUGAUCUAGUCGACAUCCGCCAUCCGAGGUUCGAAAACUUCCAGAAACUGGGCUUGAAGUGGUAUCAGUUUCCUGCCCUCAGUAGGCUUGGAUUUGAUAUUGGUGGCGUGCAGUAUACAGCAGCACCUUUCAUUGGUUGGUAUAUGGAUGCAGAGAUCGGUGUCCGUAAUCUCGCUGAUUCAUUUCGAUACAAUGCUCUACCUGACGUUGCUAAAGCACUUGGCUUUGAUAUCGAGAACUAUAAGAAGAACCCUGAAUACGCCGAGAUCGAGGCAAUGGAAGACCUGCCUGACUACGAGCAGCUCGUGUGGAUGUCACGAGCACAAGCUGAGCUUAACUAUGCAGUUCGAUGGUCUUUCCUACAGAAAGGCGUUUCCUGCAUCGGAACGUUGGCCGCUUCCUCCGAUUGGACUCGGUUUGACGAUGAGCAUGCUUCGAAGCACGGGUACAGGCUUAAUUCCGAUCCGUAUUGGAUAGCACCGCCGCAGGGCUCCAUAGUCCCGGUGUGGCAUCGUGGCGGCGCCCCCAAUUAUCAGCCCAAGCCAUUGAUAGCAAGGCAUCGACUUGAUCCCAUAAAAUCGUGGCGGCGUCGACGUAAUAUUGUCAACACGCCUGUAACCAGACUCUUGAAAUCCGGUGGCGACUGGGUGGCUGAACACGUCAAACAAGUACAACAUUCGUUGUGUAUCGAAAAUGGCACCAAGGGCCUUACAAAUAGGGUGCCAGCUGUUCCUCAGAAAAAGGUACAUAUUUAUUACAGUAGCACGGGAACGAGUGCGUUGAAGCUAGCAGAAAAACUUCGAAGACGCGUGCAAGAGCUUUCAGGUGGCUUCCAAGUGGACUUCAAUAUUCUGAAUCUCUUAGACCUUCGGAAGAUAACGCCCUCGGAGCCCAUUCUACUGGUGGUUUCGACGACGGGUGAUGGGCGCUUUCCUGCGAAUGGUGCUGAGUUCGAAGCAGCCAUGAAAGGCAAGGCUCAGGAGUAUAAUGGAGCGCUUGCAGUCAAGUACUCUAUAUUCGGAGUUGGAGACAGCGCCUACCCAACCUUCAAUGCGGCUUCUGUCAAACUCCACGAGUUCAUGAAAGCGGUAGGCGGAAUUCCGAUCGCGAAGGGGCUUACAAAAGGGAACACAGCAGUGGAAGCAUUGCCUAUGAAAGCCUUUAACCGUUGGUGGACUUUUGUCAAGGAUUGUUUGACUGGGGAAGGUUGCAACGAAGUUACAAAUGAAUCAACCGAGGAUGAGUGCCUCGAACACCACCGGAUGCUUGCAACAUUCAACACAGGCCGGCUGCUGAGUAAAGCCCCCGCUGAGACAGGAGAAGGAAGAAUAGUCAUGAUAACCAUGGACCUGGGUGAUGCGGACUAUAUCGAGAUGAGUCACCUGAGACUUUUGCCGUACAAUACGCCGGACCACGUUGCCAGGGCCCUUACUGCGUUGGGGGUCAGCAACGUCAGCCAGCGUGUGCCGUUUACAGACCCUAUGAUGCCAACUCUGAACUACACAGAGUUCUUUCAGCAUUAUGUAGACCUUGAAGGAAAGUUUAAAGACGUUGCGUGGCUAUCUGAAGCCUUUCCCGCUGGUGACAGGUGGGACACGAAUGGGACAGUCCUUGAAGUCUUGGAACGUCUCCCAGCCCUACAACAGAUCUCAGAUGAACUUCGCCUGAAGGCCUGCCUUGAUAUGCCUCUACUUCGUCCCCGCUCAUUCUCCGUCGCCUCCUCUGCCAAGUACAUCGGAAAAGGCUUGGUAGAAAUUAUGGUGAGACUCCACAAGGGAGGGAGAUUCAGCGACACAUUCCUGUCUGCGAUCAGCCAUGGCGAUCCAAUCAGAUAUGCUCCAGUUGCUAUCGUCCCAGGACAAGAUCUUAUUUCCUCCGAGAAACAUCUCAUCGCAAUCUGCACCGGAACCGGGUUCGCUCCGGUCCGAAGUUUGCUACAGCAGAAGAUACACGUUAUGAAAGAGGCAGAGUCCCGUGGGAUGGAGUUCUUCUUUCAAUCCCCUCCUAUUAGCAUUUUUGUAGGCUUCAAGACUCAUGAUGAAGCUUUGUUUGAGGAAACGCUUUCCACGGCCGAGCGGUAUGGUGUAAUUGAUAUGGUCUAUCGGGUACCUAGCAACAAGCAGAAGAGGAGGGUCCAACACUACGUUGAAGAUAAUAAAGAUAGCAUUCUGACGAAGCUCGAAGAGGGGUCGAUCUAUGUUUGCGGAGCCAAAGCAAUGGUUAAUGAUAUGGCAGCGAAGUUGAGUGAUAUGAUCGGUGGAGAUGUGAGGCAGAAUCUUGGCCGUCGUUACGUGGAAGAGAUUUUUUAAAUUGUAGUGUUUAAGAAGAUCAGAUCUUAGGGACAUUUUGCUAUAAGUUACCGGAUGUGUUCCUCUUCAUUGAGA